AUGGCCAACGUAAACACAACAUGCACAGGGGUAUCUGCUUGGAUUCUACCAGUCCAAGACGCCGCCUGCGGCCUCCCCAACACCGGCAACUCCUCCUCCAUCAUGGAUAAGUGCUGCGGCGUCGCCGACGUCUCGAAAUUCAACGACGACUGCGGCCUGUACUGUCUCGCGCAGGGCCAGAACGUCGGCGACCUGCUCAGCUGUAUCGAAGACGCCGGCGCGACGCCGGGACAGUUCUUUUGCUCGGGGAAUCAGAGUGCGACUGCGACUGCACCUGUUCCGUCGUCAACGGGUGGGAGUGAUGAUGAUGACGAUGACAACGAUCCGUCCUCGACGAGCGAUAGUGAUGAGGCGGAGCCGACUGAGACGGAUAAUGCGGGUGUGAGGCUUGGACAGCCGGUUUCGAAGACGGGGCUCGGUGUGCUGGCUAUGCUCUUCUGCUCGGCGCUUUUGGGGGUUGCCGCGUAG